AUGGCGAGUAAUGAGGCACUGUGCCAGAUGAUAAUUGGAGAAAACGAAACCUACCUAAACGACAUCCGUGACUGGAAAAUCCUCAUUAACGGCGAUGGUUCUAUCACAAACCUCGCUAUAGACUCCUACGACAUCAUCGAGCUACGCACCCAAGAUCUACCUAUCCGAGAGUAUCUAGCACGAUUCCGACUCCCGAAACAAAUCGAGGAUCGUCUCCCCUCCCGCCUCGAGAAGAUUGAGCGUAAAGAACUCUUUGCGUUAGGAGGUCUUACGUAUCAUCUCAUCACCGGCAAACAAUUUUUCCACGAUGUAGAAACAGGUCUAGAGAGUGCUUCUAUUAUCGAGAAACGCUUCGUAGCUGUCACCGAAGACCGCGCCAAACCAGACGUAACCAAGAAAAAAUUCCUCCUAGGAGCCCAAAUCCUCGGCGGCGUAGCAUGUCUCAUCGGCGCCCUCGCCGUCCCCUUGAUUCUUCCCCUCGUAGGCUUUAGAUCUCUAGGCGUUGUAGGCGGAUCGGCCGCUACGGCAUGGCAAUCUGGUAUCGGUGCCGUGAGUUUAUUUACGUUUUUGAUAAGUGCUAGGGCGGGAGGGGCGGCUACUUCGGCGGUGUUUAUAGCGACUAGUGUUACUUGUGCGUCGUUGUUUGUUACUACGACGGGAGCGGGGCUAUUUGAUAGGGAGAGGAGUGAGAUUGAGGUGAUGGGGUUGAGGGAGCAUUUUUUGGCGGCUUGGCGGAGGCAUAUAGGGGAUGAGUAG